AUGAAUUUCGGACACUUUUCGUGCACACGUGUGUGUGAAACGUUUGAAAAAUAAUCUGAUAUUAAUAUCAGUUUGUAUAACGUUAAUAUGAAAAUAUUUUUUUAUUAUAAAUUGACUGAUUCGUUAAAUAUAUAGACAUAAUUUUUCACAUUUCUUUAAGUUAUCAAGUUGCCGAGCAUUAUGAGUGUGAGAUCCUCAAUUUUGAAAAAGAUAACAGAAUCCUUACAAAAUGUUAGCAACACAGAUAUAUAUAAUAUAUCAUCUUAUUUGCGUCUAGAGGCAUAUAAAGGUAAUGGAAUGUAUUCAUUUCUACUUCCUCUGAGAACCAAGGAUUAUGAUAUUCAGAGUGAAGCACAGAAUAUCAUGAAUAAUGAUCAAGAUAAUAUUUAUGACAAUAUUAAUAUAAAAAAUAAUAUAGUUUCUUUCGACAUCAGCAGAGAAAUAUGUAUAAAGAAGGUUUUGGAAGAUAAUUGUUUAACAGUAUCAGCGCCAACUUUCACGAAUAACAAGAGAAAAAAUGUUAUAGUGGAAUUUAGCUCACCCAAUAUCGCGAAACCCUUUCAUGUAGGACACUUGAGAUCCACAAUUAUAGGAAAUUAUGUUGCUAACAUCAGUAGUUUUGCAGACAAUAAUAAUGUCAAGAGGAUAAAUUAUUUGGGUGAUUGGGGCACGCAAUAUGGUUUAGUUCAAUUAGGAGUCGAUUUGGCAGGAAUAAAUGAAGACGAAAUGAAGAAAAGUCCUAUAAAAGCUUUGUACACAGCAUAUGUCACUGCCAAUAAGUUGGUCAAAACAAAUCCUUCUAUAUUGGAACGUGCAAGGGAGAUAUUUAAUAACUUGGAAAAUGGAAUUACAAGUGGAGAACAAUGGGAAACAUAUAAACAAUAUACUAUUGAAGAAUUGAAACAAGUUUAUAAUAGAAUCGGCAUCACAUUUGACGAAUAUCACUGGGAGUCAAUGUACAAUGCUAAAAAUAUAAAGAAGGUGAUUACCUUAAUGGAAGAGAUGCAAUUAUUGACAAUAGACAAACAAGGCAGGAAAAUUGUGAGUCUGAACGAUGGAAAGAAAAAGAAAAACCUUCCUGUCAUUAAAAGUGAUGGUUCUACCUUAUAUAUAGCCAGAGAUAUUGCAGCAGCUAUGGACAGAUUUGAGAAGAAUACCUUUGACUGUAUGUAUUACGUGGUGGAUAAUGCACAAAUUGGUCAUUUUUCAAAUUUGUUGGAAAUAUUGAAACAAAUGGAAGUACCAUGGGCGGAAAGAUUGAAGCACAUAAGGUUUGGUCGAAUAAAUGGUAUGAGUACGAGAAAAGGAAACAUGGUAUUUUUAGAGGACAUCUUGGAUACUGCCAGAGAUAUCAUGAAGCAAAGACAACUAGAUUCACCCACCACUAAGGUUUCCAUGGAUUUGAUGGAUAAUAGCUCGGAUAUAUUAGGCAUCUCUGCAAUGAUAAUCAGUGAUUUGAAGAGAAGUCGGCAACGAGACUAUACUUUCAAUUGGGAUACAGCAUUUAACUUGCAAGGAGAAACUGGUAUAAAAUUGCAAUAUACACACUGUCGUUUGGUCAGUUUAGAGCGCAAUUGCGGCGCAAUCUUAACUUCGGAGUGCGAGCCAAGCCUUUUACGAGAAGAAGUCGUCGAUGAUCUAGUCGUGUUAAUCGCCAGUUUCGAGGAAACGGUGUUGAAAUCAUACGAAGAAAUGGAACCAUGCGUACUGACGGCGUAUCUUUUCAAACUGAGUAAUGCAGUUAAUAGAGCUUUCAUAAUAUUGAAAAUAAAAGACGAAUCGCCAGAUGUUGCUAGCCAGAGACUGCUGUUGUUUCACGCUGCUAAAAACGUUCUCGCACAAGGUAUGAAAUUACUUGGCUUAUUGCCUUUGGAGAAAAUGUAACGAAGAGAUUAUAAUUGUAACAUAGUGCGUAUCGUUUACGAUCGUGUGUGUUUGUACAAAAUAUUGCAAAAAAUAAAGAAAGUAGCUGCUACGUUAUAAAAAGAAGGAACAAUUUUUUAAAUUGUACAGCGAUACUUUUCUCACUAGCGUCGUUUCGUGUGAAUUUAUUGUUUGUAACAAAUGAGAAUUAUAUUAUAUAAUGUAUAUUGGAAUAAA